GAGCAAUUCGCGGAAAUUAAAUAUUGAAAAUUCUGAAUUUUGAUGAUAAAUAAUUUUUAAAUUUUUAUUUAAAAAUCUAGAAAAAUUCAUAAAACUACUAAAAUUGCGUAAAUCGAAGUUAAAAUAGUUCAAAGCUAUAAAAGUCAUUCAUAGUCAGAAAAUUAACGCGAAAUUCGGCAAAUACUAAAGAAAUUGUUGUCAAAAACUUCAAAGAACCCCGCUCAAAAAAACCCCGCAAACCAAUAACUCAAAUUAAACGCCAAACUAUUACUUACAGCCUUAAAAUCUCAAAUCUAUUUAAUAUCAACAAAGAGAUUAACACAAAAUUUUCAUAAUAAUCAUACAAAGAACAAUCUCAAGUGACUACAAAAUUGAAUUAAAGUGUUCCACAUGAUAUUUUUCUGUCAAUGACACUCGCUUUAUUUAUUUAUUCAAAAGCGACACACAUUAACCGACCCCAAAGAAAAAAAAGUCAUUAUUUUUGUUGAUAACGAACGUCUUAAAUCGAGAAGAAUCAAGUCAUUUGGUCCGAAGCGAUAAUAAAUUAAAGAAUUUUUUGAAUAAACAAAAUUUAAGAAUUUAUUCGAAUAUACAAAAAUAAUCAAGACUGUCGGGUACUCAAUAUCCAUUGUGGGAGUCACCAACGCACGAAAAUAAUCAAGCAUUAACUGCAAGAUAAGCUGCAAAAAAAAAGAAGCAACAAGUGAAUUCUUCCUUUGCACAUAAAAAAGAGUGAAAAAAGAGAAAAAAAGCGACGAAGAGAAGAAGAAGAAGAAGAAGCAACAUAAACCAGUUAUCGCCUAGAUCUCGACUCAUUCACUCAUUACCUUCCUCUUGUACGGUACACAACAAAAACAUAUGUGGACGGAGAGGCAAUAAAAAAAUUCUUAUAGACAAAAAAAAAAUAAGAAAGGAGCUGAAUAAAAAAUUAACAUUUCAAAAAGGGCGACUAGUGUGAAUAAGAGAAUUUAAUUUAAUUAAUUCCCAUCGUUUUAUGGAUGAAGACUUCAAUUUUUUAUGGGAAAUUUUGAGAGUUUUAAAUUGAAGGAAAAAUUAUUUGAGAGUGAAAAAAUUGUGAAAAGUUCAUCAAAUCGACUUCAAAAAAAAAAGAUUUCAAUUAAUUUAAUUCAACAUCUUAAUGUGUCGAAUUUAACAAGCUACAAUUGUGUAAUAUCUCAAUAAAAACAUACUCAGUAAGGAAAUGCAGCUUAUGAAUGUUUAAUAAGAAUUGAAUGAGAAUAGGAAACGACUUAGAAAAUUACAUUAAUUAAUUAAUCGUACGAAUACCAAAUAAAGUGUGCGUAGAUAAUUUCAAAAAGAAAAAAAGAAGGUGCGAUUAGAAGAAUAAGAAGUAAAAUAUUCAAAAUUGGAUAAUAACUUACAAAGAAAUAUUGAAUAGCACCAAAAUCGAAUAAGAAUAAGCCGAGAGAAUCCAAAUAUUGAGGAAUUUAACGAAAGAAACUACAGAAAAAAUUCAAUUCAUAGAAUAAAUUCAACUUAAAGACUUCAGAAUCGUCCAUACGCUCAUCAAUGAAAUUAAAUUUGUAAGUGGAAAACGUGAGCAAUAAAGCAAUAAGCAUUCUGACUCGUGUAAAAGCAAUAACAGGCAAUUAAAGUCAAUGAUCAUAGAAAUUUAUUAGAAAAAAGGAAGAAUUGAAAGAAAUUAGGGACAAGGACAUCCAUUUCCUUUAAGUCAAUGAAAGAAUAUUCGAAGAAGAAACAAGGACGAGCCAUAAACUAAUCUCAAGAAUCAGUAGGCAAAGUCAUAAAGUCAUUAAACGAACAAGAAUUGCAUAUGUUAAGAAAAGGAAAUUCUGCAGCCUGUUCGUGUGUCUUACGGAGAAAAUUACAUGCAUAAAUGAAAACGACAAAUUUCCUUGAUGUUAAUGCACAAAUGUUUUGAGUCAAGGACGGGACUUUAACAAAAAAAAAUAUUUUUAACAUGGUGAAGUGAUUAAAGGAUCUGAAAAAAAAAUAAUAAAAAAGUUCACAAGAAACUGCUGAAACGUAAAAAAUAAUAAUAAUUUUAGUGUAUAUUUUGUGUGAAUAUAAUUAAGCAAGGAUGAAGAUGAAUCUGAAUGUGAAAUUGGAUAUUUUCCUGAUUAUCGUUCUACAAUGUCUGUGCAGUUGUAUUCUAGCACUAGAGGCACCGACAAUAAUCGAGCAUCCACACGAUAGCAUUGUGCCAAGAAACACGCCAUACACAUUACACUGUAAAGCAGAAGGCUCGCCUGACCCAAAAAUUGAAUGGUUUAAAGAUGGCAAGAGGCUGACCAUUGAUCCAUCGCGGCAAAUGCUUUUGCCAACCGGUGAUUUACUUCUAUUAUCUGUAACAUAUACACGUCGUGAAUCAGAUGGAGGAAUUUAUUGGUGCGAGGCGAGAAAUGAGCUUGGAAUGGCGAGAAGUCGUAAUGCAACAUUGAGAGUUGCAACAUUACGCGAUGAAUUUCGUUUAGAGCCACAAGACACGAAUGCCGCUCAUGGUGAAACAGUCAUGCUGGAAUGUGGUCCACCGCGUGGUAAUCCUGAGCCAAUAAUUUCAUGGAGAAAGAAUGGACAGACGAUGGACUUAACAGGUCUGAAAAGAAUUCGUAUUGCCGAUGGUGGUAAUUUAGUCAUUCAAAAUGUUCAACAAUCGGACGAUGGACGUUAUCAGUGUAUAGCCAAAAAUGCUGUAGGUGUACGUGAAUCAGCCGUUGCAGUUCUAAAGGUUAUGGUUAAGCCAUUUCUCAUACGUGGUCCACAAAAUCAAACGACAGUAACUGGAAGUUCCGUUAUCUUUCAAUGUAGAGUAGGUGGUGAACCAUUACCUGACGUACUAUGGCGUCGUACGGCAUCAGGUGGAAAUAUGCCUUUAGAUCGCGUUCACAUACUCGAAGAUAGAAGCUUAAAAAUUGAUAAUAUAACGAUGGAAGAUGUUGGCGAAUAUAUAUGUGAAGCUGACAAUGGCGUUGGUGCAAUUGUCGCCGCUGGAAUGCUUCUCGUACAUUCACCGCCAUCGUUCACAAUACGUCCAAAAUCACAAAUCGGUGAGUUAGGAAGUGAAGUCAUAUUUGAAUGUCAAGCGACCGGAUAUCCUGAACCGACAUUAUUUUGGACAAUUGAGGGUAAUCGAUCGCUCAUCUUACCGGGAAUGAAAUCAAAGAAAAUGGAAGCAUCAUUGACAGCUGAUGGAGGCAGUAUUUUAUCAAUAGAUGAGAUUGACAGAAGUGAUAAUGGAAAGGUUGUUGUGUGCAGUGCUGUAAAUAGUGUUGGUAGUGUCAGCACAAGAGUUGUUUUGUCAGUUAAUCUUCAAGAUGAUUCACCACCUCCACAAAUCAUUCAAGGACCUGUGAAUCAAACAUUACCGAUUAAAUCUGUUGCAUCGUUGCCAUGUCGAGCUAUUGGAACACCAAAGCCAGUUAUAAGCUGGUAUAAGGAUGGCAUCCCAGUUGUUCAGUCUGAUAAAAUCACUAUUGAGGACAAUGGAUUGCUGACAAUAACAGAAUUGAAUAAAAAUGACGAUAUUGGACUUUAUACGUGCGUAGCUAGCAGCAAAAGUGGUAAAUCGACAUGGAGUGGAUUUUUGAGAAUUGAAGUGCCAACAAAUCCAAACAUAAAAUUCUAUCGUGCACCCGAACCAUCAACAUUGCCAGGUCAACCAGGUCGUCCUCUGAUACUCGAGAAGACUGACAAUAGCGUUAAAUUAACAUGGAUACCGAGUAACGCCUUCGGUGCAUCAAGUGUUAUCGGUUACAAAAUUGAAAUGUUUUCGAGAAAUUUAACAGAAACUUGGGUAGAAGUUGCGAAUCGUAUUCAAGAGACAUCGUAUAAAAUUGAAGGAUUAAGGAGUGGUAUGACUUACUAUUUUGCUGUACGUGCUGAAAAUUCACAUGGAGUGUCGGGACCGAGUCAAUUGUCAGAGCCAGUUACAUUAGGAGUGGAUGACACAAAUUCAAACUUGGAUUUGAGCGAGGCAAGAGCAAGUUUGUUAUCUGGUGAUGUUAUUGAAUUGACAAAUGCUACAUCUGUUGAAUCAACAGCGACAAAAUUAACGUGGGAUAUCAUAAAUGGAAGAUAUGUCGAAGGCUUCUACAUCUACGCUCGUAAUAUCGAUGAAAAUUCAUUAGAUAAUGAAAGUCAACCAUCAUACAGAAUGUUGACAGUUCUAAAUGCAGGCAGUGGAGCAUCAUCAUGUAAAAUUGACGGAUUACAAAAAUUUACCACAUAUGAGUUCUUCAUUGUACCUUUCUACAAGGCUGUUGAAGGCAAGCCAUCAAAUUCACGAAUCACUCGAACGCUUGAGGAUGUUCCGAGUGAAGCACCAUCAAAUAUGGAAGCAAAAUUGCUCAACACAUCGACAGUUUACGUAAAAUGGAGAGCACCACCUGCCAAAUUUUAUAAUGGUGUACUAAAAUCUUACAACGUGAUUGUACGUGGCGUGAAUAUUUAUGAGAAUAUCUCAAAGGUUCUUACAAAUCUUACAAUUGAAGCUACACGUUCAUCAAUCAUGCUUGCAAAUUUAACAGAAGGUGUAACGUAUACAGUGAGUGUAGCAGCAAUGACAAAUGCUGGAUUAGGUCCAUUUGGAAUGCCAAUCAUCAUGCGACUUGAUCCAACAACGAAAAAAUUGGAUACGUCAUUUUCAUACCGAUUCCCACUCCACAAUGAGCACUUGAAUGACUUCUUGACACAACCAUGGUUCAUUAUCUUAUUGGGUACGAUAUUAGUCAUUAUAAUGCUCUCAUUUGGCGUCAUGGUGUACAUUAAACGAAAACACAUCAUGUCAAAACAAUCAUCACUUGGAUUACCAUCAAGUUUCGGUUCAACAAAAGUGAAUAAUAGCUAUUGGAUGGAUCCAUCGGGUACAAUAUGGAAAUCAAAUCAUGUUAAAGAUUCUCACAUUCCCGACUAUUCGCCCAUGUGUACAGCUCUGCCUUCAUCCAAUAGUAUCACGAUCGAUGAUGACUCUCGAAAUCGAUACAUGGCAGUAUAUUCUGAAGGUCCAGCUGAAUAUGCAGAAGUGUCAUCAACAUCAUGUCGUAGUGCACAACCCUCUCCAUCGCCGUAUGCGACGGCUACAUUAAUUGGAAAUUCAAAAAUUAUAAGCAGCGAUCCACAACGCUUUAAUAUGUUCUACACCACAGACGUAUAUCCACCGAUGCAAAAUUGUACUAAUAAUAAUAAUAAUAACUAUAAUAGGAGUCUCCAUUCCGAAUCAUAUACAAAUAAUGGCUCAAAUAAAGUUAAUAUUGUGGAGAAUCGCAUGGCUAAUACAAUGAUGCCAAAUAUGUAUAAUCAGCAACAUCAACAACAACAAAAUUGCACAAAAUUUAACUCAAAUAAAAGUAAUCGACUGAAGCUGAUGAAGCCACAAAAUUUUCGUAUAAAUUUGGGCAUGCAAGGUGAGCAAUUGUAUGUAAAAGUUGGUGAUCUAAAUGCAAUGGAGCAGCAAGGUCACAUGCAACCGCAAAUGCAGAAUAGCUCAUCAUACACAUGGAAUCCACAGAAUUUCAACAUUUAUGAGAACCAUUUGCAUCGGCAGGAUCAACAGCAACAUCAACAACAGCAUCAAAAUGAUGAUAGUCAGAAAGUUCAUGAGACUGACACAAAAACGCUUAACUGUGAUUAAAUCCCCCCUCUAUCUACUUUUAUUUUAUUGUAUAGUUUAGGCAUUUAAGUGAAACCUUUCCUUUUUUUCUAGAUAUGUGUAAAUACAUCCUUAUGAAUUUGUGUAAUAAAAGAAUAGAAUUUAUGAAUUUAUUUCUCGAGCUGAAAAGAAAGAUAAAAGAAAUUAUUCGAGA